AUGCCCGAGUCAACGGCCCUCGCUUUCAACCUCCUGCCGGAUGAGGUCAGGCAAUCUUCCGCCAUAGGCGCAGAAGUUCAACUACCCCCCGGAAUGCCCAUGCUGGACCUCGAUCGUCUCACAGAAAAGGACAAAGAGGUUCUCCAAGAAGCGCUGUUCAGAAACCAAGUCAUAGUCAUCAGGGGACAAAAAGGCAUCGACCCAACUGUCCUGCCGAAACUCGCCAAAGUGUUCGACCCAAACGCAUCUGAUAUUCACUCUGCGGGAGAGAAGGCUGUCAGUGAUCCAAAGAAUAUCUUGUCAGCAUACAAAGCCGGCAGAAUUCCAAGAGCUCCUCAAGUUGGAAUUAUUGGAUCGGGCAAGUUCCAAGACUAUGAAGGUCUGGACGAGUUAGAGGUCGUGCAUCUUGAUCACACUUUAUUCCAUGAGAGCCCUCUUACACAAGAAGAACUAGAUGAUGGGUAUACUCGUCCAUACAGAUGGCACAUGGAUACACCUUUCUACGAACGGCUUCCAGGAGAAGUUACCAUCUUGCACUCGAUUCAGAUCCCAAAUGUUCCGGAUCAGAAAAUCAAGUUCCCCGACGGAAAGGAGAAGACUAUCGGUGCUGGAGCGACAGCAUUUUUCUCCGGAGCUCGUGCCUUUUCUCUUUUGACACCGGAAGAGCAAGAGUUUGCGCUCAACACCACAGUCACAUAUGCUCCCCAGGCAUACGAAUACAUUCGCCAAUGUAAAGCCUCCCACGACGGUCUUACUAUUCCGACCAUGGGGAAGGAAGUUGCCGUGGAGAAAUUGUCGGAGUGGGAUUGGGAUAAAGUUGCUGAGCAUCCAAUGGUCUGGCGAAACCCAAUGAACCCCGACCGGCCUUUCCUCCAGGUCCAUGGUUGCUGUGUUUACAAGCUCACGACCAGAAACCCUACCACCGGAGAGAUCUCGGUUAUGGAUGACGUGGAGACGGUUCGAAAGACGGUGUAUAACAUGCAAAAGAAGAUUUACGCUGCUGAAAAUAUCUAUGCCCACAAGUGGCAAGAAGGAGAUGUAGUUAUCUUCCACAAUCGUGGUGUCAUGCACAGCAUUACAGGCCAACUGGCAAAGUACAAGGAAGAGGAGGAUAAGAAACGGAUGUUGUGGCAGUGUACUAUGACGAGUACUACUCCCCCUAAGCCAUUCCGUGAAUACAAGGGCGUGAACGAUACGGGAUACGUGAGGGUAUGA